GUAACAAAGAUUAAAAAGGCCGCUAAUGGAAGGUGACAUUGUUUUCAUUCCUCACACUGAGGCUGUUCGUGUUCAUUCACCUCUGCUCAGUCCUCCUGUUCCCGUAUCAAGGUGUCAGGUUCUGUGCUCUGUCAUGGCAUGUUCCUGGGCAACUUAUUUUACAGUAGCCUGUCACGAAGUUUUGCCAGUCUCAGUUUCCAGACAAAUAUGUUUUGAGUCACUGCUCCCGUGUGCAUGAUUUCUUGGACAGAGAGGUAUAAACGUUAAAGUAUGUCACCUGGCCAAAGUCUCAUGUUCAGGUAAACGCUUCCAGGGAGGCAUAUCAAUGAAGGUUUCAAAUGUUGCCAAAAAACAAGAAACUGCAGAAUGAAAACUCAUCAGUUAACUCGGUUUUUUCCGAAAUGAAUUUUGCUGUAAUCAAACUGCAUUUAACUUGAUUUGUCUUGUUUCCAGAGCUCCCUCUGAGCAGACAGAGGUAGAUGCUUAGGCAGCCUGCCCAGCUGAAUUCACAGAGAGGGGUCAGGCAAUGUGCUGCAGCAGGUGGACGGAAAAUGAACUGGAUCACCAGCAGGUGCAAAGCCCAAGGGCUGAUGUAAAUUCAUCAGGACUUAGAUGGGGCAGUUGGUACUUGGAGCUAAGCCAGCCUCGUCUCACAUGUGUUUUCUUUUCUGGCAGCGGCCUGAUUGAAUGUUCAUUGUGUUGUCUGUGGCUUUGGCAACAGACCACCAGCCCCCACCAGCCCCCACCACCACACAAUCCCUAAUUUCAUCAGUACAAAGGGACCAAGCGUAGGUCUCAACUCUGUAUUACUUGUUCAAUUAGCUCACAUGUCAUCGGUUGUGUAACCUCUUUGCAGAGAAAAUGAUCCGCUGUGUGGGGUAUUGGCUGGACAUUCAGCUAAGCAGAGAAAUCUACUUGAUAGUCACUCAGAGGAUGGAGGCAUUCAUGUCUCUGUAGGAAACAUUAAAAAGAUAAAUUGCUGCAAAUGGUCUUUAUAACAUUUUCCUCUCACAAGUGGGGAGCUUAGCCUAUUCAUGUAGUUGUCAGUGUGUCCUUUGCUAAGCUUAUUUUAGUUUGGUUUCUCUGGUUAGAGCCGAGUGAGAUGGGCCUGGUAUUCAACCCAGAUGGGGACGCUUCAUGAGGUGAAAGACUGAGGCCCAGCUGUAAAUAUUUAACAGCGCUGUGAUGCUGUCCUUGCCAGAUGUCUGCAUUAAACAACUCUGAUUACACAUCCCACAGUUUACAUAGUUGGAGAAACAGGAGCAUGUGGCAUUUGGACGCAGCGGCCACACUUGUUAGCUUUUGAGGCAUUUCCUUUGAAGAAUCUGCACUGUAGAGCUAAAGAUUGUUUAUUGGAUUUUUCACACAAGUCUUCAUCAAAGGCAGCAUCAGUGUGAUUGGAUGUGAUGUGCAGGUAUACAGACAAGUGUAACAGAACAUGGAAAGACUGUAUAUAUAAAGGCACAAACGUACACCCCACAGAAAGACAUACAUAAAAUAAACAUACCAGUGUUUUAAUGUAACCUCAGAUGGACUUGAUCCUCUCUGUAUUUUGAAAAAGAAAAGUGUCUCGCUUCAAGGAAUAACAGUAGUGAAUAUCGGAUAGUCUGGUCAGUCCUUUUUUAAGAAGCUUUUUAAGUAAAGCACAAUAGAAACAAAACUUUUGUUUAGAUUAUUGGUUCAUGGAGGAUUGACUUUCCUUUAACUGGAAAACAAAAUCUAAAAUGACAUUGACAUGAGUUCUAUAACAGAAAUAUCUUUAAGUGGCUUUGAAACAAGCACAGGUGUUUUCUUUGUAGUUGGCUUAAAUAAAUUAAAACCCCUGUCCUCUUUUACUCCAGAACUAAAUUAAGCUUAACUUUUAGUUAUACAACAUUUAUAUUUUGUUCCUAUUUUAAGGUUGGUCAAAUCUUAAAUUCAUUUUAUCCCAUUUUUGUCUUCUUCUAUUCAUUCAUUUGUUUUCAGGAGGAAAAUGAUAUCAAGUAUCAAGGCAUUUUUCGACUGAAAGCGUAUCUCCAGAACAGAUCUGAACAAAAGUGAUCGUGGCUAUUAAUGUAAGAUAAGGAUCUAGGCUGUACACAAAGUGUCUGAUCGGUGUUGUGUUUUGUGAACAGAGGAGGGACUGCUGCUACUUUAGUUUGCAAAUAUGGCAAAUCAAACUUGCACAUUUGUAACAAUAUAUUUAUAUUUGAGUCUAUCAGGAUGUCCAAACUUUUUUUAAAGUGCAGUUUCUUCAGAUGUAGAUUCAGAAUUUGGUAGCAAAUUAUUGAAAUGUUUAUAGAAACCUUGUUUAUAGAAACCUUCUUUUUCUUUUUUAAAUGGUAGGAGAAAUGUACCUGUUUCCAGCUUGCACUUAAAAAUAACAAACUCCUAAACAGCUCACACUGUGUCAGAUCUAACUAGUUGCUUCUUAAUGAACGCAGAUGAUGUGGUCAUUUAUGAUCCGGGCCUGGGGAGUGAAGAAACAAUCUUUCCCUCAACAUUCACAGUCGGUAUGCCGUAAAUCCCAGCUGUCCAGCAGAUCUGUGCAGUUCCCAACAGUAAAAGCCCCUCCCAGGUGUGUGUAGCUCUUAGGAGUGUGAUGCAGGCCAUUACUGAAUUAGAGCAAGUGUCACUCACAGCCUGACCCUUAAUCACCUCAGUGAGUGACACAUCGUAAAAGUCAACCCAUGGAAUAUUUAAUUGUGUUAGCUCAGAUAGCGUUUUAUUCUUCAGCCUAACAUUUUUCUUAUAACCAUUAUAUGAAAUAAUUUUCUCCUCUGAUGUAUGCCUUCAAAGUCUCACAGAGAACAGAUGCUAAAACAUCUGGAGUCUAGUUAACGGCUAUUAAAAAAAGUCAGUUUGAUGGGACACAAAGUCCUCAGCAGCAUACAAACUGUGGGGCGCCGGGGUGGGCUGUCACCCACAUCUACUUUAAUUGUGACCAGUGCAUGAUUAGUUAAAACAGCAGUAUGAUAUGAGCAGAAUGAAGCAAGCCUCCAUGUAAGGAAUUAAUCAGUAUGGACACAAGUGUCAUAAAAGCACAAUGCAGAGGAGGUCGAAACAUCAGAGAUAUGAGGCUGCAAACUUUUCCAUAUAAGACUGAAUUGUCUUGACAGACAGAUGGUGUAGACGCCCAGUAAAGUCCAGAGUCACAAACAUCCACCAAAAUAAUAAAUUCUCCAAGCAUUCACACCAUUCAGCUAGAAGUUGCUUUGCCUGCAGUGUUGCAACAAUAUGAAAUGUGAUUGGCUGCUGACAGACAACAUUUCCCUUAGGUUGAGCUCCACAGUUUUUUUUAGAUGACAAUCUAUGGAUGCUGUUAUUAAAUUACCCAAGUUAUGGUUUAAAACGCAUGGCCUUCCAGAGAGCAGUGUCUGAUAUUGGCUGAGCUGAGGACACUCUAUUUAAAUGAUAUUUAAGAAGUGAACACGCUGUUACAGUGACAAUUCUAAGCAGUAUGCAUGCCAUUACACUAAGUAAUGCUUGUACAGAAGUAAUGGGCACCGAGUCUGCAUUUGGCACUCGCAGCCACAAGCCCCGAGUUUCACCUCUUCUACUUUUUAACUUUAACCGCAAUUACAUGAAUAAAUUUAGUCUGAGACUGUUUCAGCAACCAGAAUGUCUGGGAAACAGUAUUGGUCCAAAAAACACUGAACCCCUUGCCUCUUAUUUUCCUAAACAGCCUGAAAAGUUAUGAAUGUAAGGGAUCUGCUGUGGUCUACGUUCAGGAAUGUGUAGAGAUACAAGCUAUUGUAAUAGUGUUAAAAACGUGUUAAUAGGGCAAAAGAAGUCUUGUGAUGACUAAAUUACACAUCCCUGGAGUGACUGAUUUUUAGUCAUAUCCUCACGAAACAACAGGGAAUCUCGUCCUCUGCGCGCAACAGCACCCCCCACGCUUUGAAGAUUUGAAAGCCCUCUAAUUAAUAGCAUUUUUUCCCUUGUGCUGAAAAAGAAUGGUUUACUCAAUAGUUGGCACUUGGCAUACAUACCAACACGUUGUCAUCCUGAUUUACUGUAACUCUGCAUGCCUUUGAAGGGUAAGAAGGUUGUAAAUGUUGUAAUGAAGUGAAAUGAAGCAAACAACGGCGCAUAACCCCUUCUUUUUUUUUUAUCACAGUUGCCUUCAUCUGCAACCCCAGGCACACCAGUUUUGGUAGUAGCUUUGCAGAUUGCUUGUUUGUUUUUUUGUUGUUCUGUUGGAGCUUAAUUCCGGGCCAGAAAUUGGCUGUUGAAUCAUGUUUGGCUGUCAGAACAGACGAAAGUGUAAUGCCAUAUGCCUGAACAUACACCCAGAAUCCUUUGAGAGGUAAAAGCCCCCUAUAUGCCAACAGCUGGAGAGGAGAUGUGGAGACACCUGCGCACCAAAUGAACAGCGAACGUCGCUGCUCGCGGGAACAUCUGGCUGUGUGUCGACGAACCGCUCCAACACAUACUCCUCCAUCAGGCUGGAACUCCCGUGCUUAUAAGGAGAAGUUACUGCAAAGAAAUAGUGAAUUCCACGCCACACAGGACAACAGGGGCAUAACUCAGCGAGCGAAAAGAAGUCCCGGCAAGCAGCCAGAAACAGAAUCUACUGGAAGGGAAAGGAGGAAAGAGAAGAAAAAAGGAAGAAAAAGGUCUGUGCCAGGCCCUCCUGGCCCCCCGGGUCCCCCGGGCCCACAGGGGCCACCGGGCAUCCCUGGAAUCCCCGGUAUUCCAGGAAGCAAUGCUGUAGGGCCUUCAGGACCCCCUGGACCCCCUGGGCCGCAGGGACCUCCGGGUACUCAAGGUCCAGCAGGGGUUCCUGAUAAGACGAAAACAAAAGAAUACCAGCCUGCAGUGGUUCAUUUGCAAGGGCAGGAGACAACCAUCCAAGUGAGAGAGGAUCUGUCUGAAGGCAUCCUGAGGAACUGGAAGAUGGUGUCCAUCCAUCACCGCGUGUUUAAAAUGCACUCUCGCUCUGGAGAGCUGGAGGUGCUGCUGGACGGUGUCUACUUCAUAUAUAGUCAGGUAGAAGUGUACUACCUCAACUUCACUGACAUCGCCAGCUAUGAGGUGAUGGUGGACUCCAACCCGUUCCUUCGCUGCACCUGCAGCAUCGAGACAGGACAGCGCAAGUUCAACACCUGCUACACAGCCGGGGUGAGCCUGCUUCGAGCCGGCCAGAGGAUUUCCAUACGCAUAGUGUACGAGGACACGCUCAUCAGCAUGACCAAUCACACCACCUUCCUGGGAAGUGUCAGACUUGGAGAGGCUCCAUCUGCUGGACAGAACUGAAAGCUACACAGCCACCAGCCCUCUACGUGAAAUGCCCAAAGUCUUGCCCCCGUUUAGAGGAAACUUAAAUCCUCCGGGUUUCAAAGUUGAGGACCCCCGCUGCAACUUUUGUUCACUCGUUCACAGUUCUCUAUUAUAAAAAAGGACAAUAUAGACGUUUAGGCUUCCCCCCACGAAGGUUCUGUGCAAAGAGAUCAGUGUUGAUGAGCCUCAUCAAACAGACGUUUCUAUUUAUAGUCUCCCUUUUGUGUCAACACAGACGCUGGCAUCUCUCUUUAUAACAAGGAAGGACACUGCGCUGACAUAUACUUAAUAUUUACAUAUUUGUAAGUGCUGUUGAAUGAUAAUCUUGUAUCUCCAAAAAACUAUUCAAAAUGUUUUAUUUGCAGUUUGUGUACUUGGCAAUUUGUAUUAAUUUAAUUAUAUUAACACUUGUAAGUGGUUUUACAAAAGGUUUUAAGCUCUGUAUACCCCUAGGCUAUACAUUUUUCAAUGGAUCAUAUACAAGUUCAAAGAAAGUAUAAAUGAAUCUAUGCAAAGUAGAGAAACAUUCAUAAAACUGGAGUUAUAAGGUAUUCAAAGAGCAACAGCACUAUAUAUUUUGCACACAUUUGCACUACAGCAUCCCUGCAGAAUAUCAGCGAUAUGUUUUGUUACAGUGCUAUUGUUUAGUUAUCGAAUGAAUGAAUCCAUGUGGGAAAAUGAUAUUGUUGUUAAUACGUCUCUGUACAUAUUGUAUAUAAAAAGGGAUAUACUUUUGUAAAUGGAGUUGAUUGAUGGAUUAAAUGUUACAUUUUUUUGUCUAAA